CUGAAAGGAGAGAGUGAGAAAGAGAGAGAGAGAGAGCAGAGGAUGGCUCUGUGCACCACUCAGUAGCCAGCGCAAGCAGACACCACAAGUGGACCACACAAGCAAGAAGAUAUUAGUGGACACUUUACUAGGAUUACCCUUGGUGUGACAACUAAUUGCUUAAACCUGGGGACAACACAGCAACAGGUAGAAGAUGAGGUCCAAAAGCAGUGGGGUGGAGAACCCAGCCAAUGGGGUGCUUGGGGUUCCACAGGGUGAUCAUGACAUUAGCCAAGAAGAAGAAGUGGGUCUACCUGUGAGGAGCAUGAAGGCCAAAGUUCAGCAGAAGGAGGGCGAGGAUGAACUGGAGGUGGAGUUGAUCUCUGACAAAGAUAAGCUAUUGGAUUCCACCAAGGCCGGAGAAAAAAGAGGGGACAUCAUGGAUCUGUCCACAGGGGAUCUGCUGAAACUGCUAGGUAUCAUGGAAGGAGAGGUUCAGGCCAGAGAAGAUGUUAUCUGCAUGCUAAAGUACAAACAAACUCUCCCAGAGACCAAUGAAUCCCAGUAUGGCGCCGCAGUCCCUGGCUCAGCCUUCCAGGCCCUGCAGAGAGACAGCUUCAUCACUGGCACCAUGCCACACAAUGACAGUGUCUACCAAAAGCCUAUGGUUGAGCUUGAUCGUCUGCAGGAGAAGCACAAGGAGACAUAUCGGCGAAUGCUGGGUCAGUUGCUGCUUGCUGAAAAGUGCCAUCGCCGCACCGUCCACGAGCUGGACACAGAGAAACGCAAACAUGCCGACUACAUGAACAAGAGCGACGACUUCACCAACCUCUUGGAGCAGGAGAGAGAAAGACUGAAGAGGUUGCUUGAGAACGAGAAAGCCUACCAAGUAAGAAAGGAAAAAGAGCACUCCAAGCGUCUGGCCAAGGUGCGAGAGGAGCUGGUCAAGCUGAAGUCCUUCACCCUGAUGUUGGUUAAUGAGCGCCAACAGCAUCUGGAGCAAAUGGACCAACAGAGCCUGAGGAUACAGGAACUCAGCCAGCAGCUACAGCAGCGGGAGCAGGCACUGAGUGGAGCCAGGGAGCGUGCUCAGGAGGAUGGCCACAGGGUGCUAAGCCUGGAGGCUGAGCUUAAAGACAAAUCUGCCAAGCUCACCCAACAACAUGAGGAGAUGAGCACCAAGCUGGCCAGUCAGGAGCUGAACAACCGUCAACUCAAUGCCAAACUUUUAGGGCUUACACAUAAAGUGGAGGAGCUGGAGGAGAGCAACAAGGUCUUGUGGAAAUCUGAGGAGGAACUGCAGGAGCUGAAGGAGAAGACUGGCAAAGGGGAAUGUGGGAACUCCAACUUAAUUGCUGAGCUCGAGAAUUUACGGAAACGGGUUCUGGAGAUGGAAGGAAAAGAUGAGGAGAUUACUAAGACUGAAAAUCAGUUCAAGGACCUAAAGAAAAGGUUACAAGAAGAGGACAGUAAAAGUAAAGACCUCAGAUUAGAAGUGGAGAAACUCCAGAAAAGAAUGAUGGAGUUAGAGAAACUUGAGGAUGCCUUCAGCAUAAGCAAAGCUGAGGGUGCACAGUUACACAGUGCUCUGGAAAGAGAGAAGGGAGUGACCAAAGAGCUCUCUGAUGAAGUUGUAGCUCUCAGGAUACGAAUGAAAGAGCUUGAGUCUUCUGAACUCAAGUUAGAAAAGUCUGAGCUGAGCUUCAAGGAUGACUUGAGUAAGCUGAAGUCAUUGACUGUGGCUUUGAUGGAAGAACGGAAGACUCUGGUGGAGAGAAUAAAGUCAGAUGAGAAGCAAAAGGAGGAUUUGAGUAAGAUGGUCAAAGUUGAACAGGGUAAGGUUAUGGAGGUCACUGAAAAAUUGAUAGAGGAGAGCAAAAAGCUGUUGAAGUUGAAAUCAGAGAUGGAAACCAAAGUAGACACUCUAACAACAGAAAAGAGGGAACUUGGCACUAAACUAGCAUGCGAAAUUGAUAAAACUAAGGAUUUAAAUUCUAAGGUCAGCCAAAUGAAAAAGAGGUUGGAUGGGUUAGAACAAGCAGAAAAGCUGUCCAUGAAGAAUUCGAUGAAAUGUGAGCUGGGACGAAUGUCCGAUUCUGUUAAAAGAGAAGAUAACAAAGUGAAAGAGCUGACCUUUGAAAUUGAGCGCUUGAAAAAUCGUCUCAAACAACUUGAAGUUGUAGAGGGAGAUUUGAUCAAGACUGAGGAUCAGUACGACAUGCUGGAGAAAAGGUUCAUAACUGAACAGGACAAAGCCAACAUUCUUUCUCAGCAAGUGGAGGAAAUGAGGAGUCAGAUAGCACGCAACAAAGCAAUUGAGAAAGGAGAGGAGGAAAGCCAGGAGGAAGACCUCCGACAGCGAUGCAAAAGAGAGGAGGCCAAAACCAGGGAACUGCAGGCUGAUGUUGUAGCUCUCAAGGAGAAGAUCCAUGAACUGAUGAACAAGGAAGACCAACUUUCUCAACUUCAAGUAGAUUACUCUGUCCUACAGCAGAGGUUCAUGGAAGAGGAGGAGAAAGCCAAGAAUAUGAGCACUGAGGUUUUCCAUCUCACCAAAGAGCUGGAAAUAGCAAAACGUCAUAGCCGAGCACUAAGGCCCAGUGUGAAUGGACGGAGAAUGGUAGAUGUUGCUGUGACAUCCACUGGAGUACAGACAGAGGCAUUGCCUGGGCCAGGUGAGGAGGAUACCCCAGCUGUGUUUAUCAGGAAGUCUGUUCAAGAAGAGAAUCAUAUUAUGAACAACAUAAGACAGAAAUGCCUGAAGAAGCCAACAGAAAAGACUGGCGCCAUUGAACGUUGCCCUUCAUCUGGCAGUGAUCUAGGUAUGAAGAAAUCCUGGAUUCCGUGGAUGAGGAAAAAGGACAACACCUCUCACGAGACCAACUUAGGAAAACCUCUUCACAUUAAUGGAGAAUCUUUGCCCUCUGAACUGACCAUGUCCCAAAAGCAAGGGCAGCCUUUACACAUCAGAGUAACACCUGACCACCAAAACAACAUGGCCACCCUUGAGAUCAGAAGCCCCACUUCUGAAGGAGCUUUCUCUAGCUCAGCUCCACUCAGCCCCAAUGCAUUUCAUCCUAAAUCCAGAAUCACAAUCAUUCCCACUCACUCAGCAGCAAAUCACAGGGGUAAGUCAACCACUGGACACCAUGGUCCUGAAAGAGCCAAGUCUCCAGUCACCAUCACAACUAUAUCCAGAGCUAAGUCUCCAGAAAGCAGUCGGGUUCCCUCCUGUGCUUCAGGAAGACCCUUGUCCCCUGUCUCUAUUAUGACAGUUAGCACUGCCAUGGUGCCUGAUGCAUCUGCUUCCCCAGAACCCCAGGAGAUGACCAUGGGCCGGGCUGUGUUCAAGGUUACUCCCGAGAAGCAGAUGGUCCCAAUGGCUAUACGGAAAUGCCACAACAACUCUAGCACAAUCACCACCACUGAUGAUAACAAGAUCCAUAUUCAUCUAGGCAAUAGCAUCACCCCAAAAAUGGUAGUGAGGCCAGUGGCUACUGUAACAGAGAGCAAGGAAAUGACCUUAUCAACUGGAACAGUUUUACGCUCUCCCCGCCAAAUCACCACCACCACUACCAGGAGUGCCCAGAGCAAAGUGAUGAGCAGUAUUACCAUUUCCCCUGUUACAUCCACCACUACUAGAUCUACACAAAGCAUGACUGGGCAUGAUGCCCAAGCACCUCGCACAGGACUGACCCGCAUCCCAAUGUCCAAAAACCUGAAGACUGGGAAGGCUGUGCUUGGAUCCCUGGGGAUCUCAAGUGGAGUGAAGCUGGAGUCACGAGCUGAGAGUCAGUCUAUGAGGAUAGAAGUGAAGAAAACUACUGUGAAUAGUAAUACUUUUCAAAAUGGAGGAAAAGGCUGAUUGACAUCACAGUACUGAUGAUAAAGUACUCAUACAUAUUUAAAUAUGGUGCUACGAAGACAACAAGACAACAGCCACAAUAAGAAAGAAGCUCUAAAGUGUCCAUUUACAAUUCAGUAACUAGAAAUUUUAUUUUAAUAAAAUUUGCAAUUCAUUUGUAAUUUUUGUAAACUCUGUAAAAGAACUCUUUUUUGUUUCCUUUUGUACUUGUCUGUCUUAUAUCCAUUUCUCUCAUUCAGGUGGAAAAACACUAUUUUUAUUUAGUUUGUAUUGAGGUGGGGAUUUGGGUUAAAUAUUAUGUCAGAAUACACUGCUACUAACUGCUUCUUGCUUUGUGUGAUUGGCUCACAUAUAAUGGGUUUGUUGAUAUAUUUCAUAAGGAAGUUGACACAAUAUAAGUCAAGCGAUUUGUUUUAAUGUAAAUUAUGUUUAUUUUUUCUGUCAAGAAUUUGUAAUGAAAAGUAUUUUAAAUAAAACUGAUUUAAAAAGACAGUGCUUAAUUAUGUUGUAAAAUAAGGAAUACAAACAUGCAGCAAAAGACAGAGAAAUAAUUGUGUUCAUUUUUGCAAAAGGGUGGAGGUGUGGUUUUAACUAUGAUAACAUUUUUUGUUGGACGGCCAAAAUAAUUGUAUGUCUGCUUGCUCUUUUACCUCUGUGCACACACGUACACAUA